AUGGACCGGCUGAAGAGAUUGGCAUCCAGACUGGCAGAGCAUGAUGUCAGGUAUCUCGCUCAGCACAUUGUGCAGCUUUGUGUGGAUGAUCUGCUGUCGGUCGUCCGCGCUUUUGCCGCAAGACUCGACAGGCUGGAGGAGGACUUAAACCCCACUCCCAGCACCGCCUCUAUGACAUCUUCCUGGGCAGCUGGCAGCCGGGUGCCGCCAGCCAGUUGGCUUUCAGAGGCUGCGGCUGAGUCUGCCCUGCCCCGGGUCUCCCUUGUCCGGCUCCAGCUGGCUGUGGUUUGUCGACGCUUGCGCAAUCAUCGGCUCAUGCUGCGCAGACUGGUGGAGAGGGUAAGCGAGGCAGGCGUGGACAGAAGGCUGGCUGGCUACUUGCGGGACAUAGGUGACGAUGUCGAAGUUUCCCUGGAAGAUGCCGGGCACUUGAUUGACAGGUGUGCCGCUUUGGCUUCCGCUUACGACACCGUGGUCAACAGGGAGGCGGACGCACAAAGACGGCAGUCCAAGGAUGCUGCAUUGCAAGAGCAGGAGGAGCAGAAUCGCCACGCAGAGCGGCUGAAUGACACUCUCUUCGUCUUGACUACCGCCACGACGCUCUUUGCACCCGUGCAAUUCCUGGCCGGUGUCUAUGGCAUGAACUUCGCAGUCGACGGUGACCCUACCAUUCCCGAGCUCAAGUUGGAGUACGGCUAUUUGUACUUUUGGAUCCUGGUGGUCAUCUACCUCAUCGGCAGCAGCGUGCUGGCCGUGAGAGUUUUCAGACGGUUGAGGAUCCAGCAGAAGAGCGCUCUUCUGUUCAGGAAUCGUCGCAGCACUUCAUGGUCAGAGGCAGGCGAGAGUCGGCCGAACCUCCAUGGACGGCCUUUUGGUGAAAGGGAGGAUUUCACCGACGCCACGUAUCAGGUGCUGCCAGGAUGA